CAGAUGUCUCGCAAACAGUUGAUCAACUCCAUGGACAUGAUGCGAUCAGCCUGUGCUCCCAAAUUCAAAGUGUCCACCGAAAUGCUGGACAAUUUGCGGAAGGGAAUUCUUGCAGAUGAUCGGGAGCUCAAGUGUUACACAAUGUGCAUCGCCCAAAUGGCUGGAACGCUUACCAAAAAGGGAGAAAUUAACGUGCAGAAAACACUCGCCCAGCUGGAUGCCAUGUUACCACCGGAAAUGAAACAAAAGGCCAAGGAAGCGGUCGAAGCUUGUCGGGAGACGCAGGGCCAGUACAAAGAUCCCUGUGAUAAAACGUUCUACACGACAAAGUGCCUGGCGGAGUACGAUCCAGACGGCUUUCUUUUUCCUUAACACCAAAUCUUAAGCGACAGCAACCCAACACGUGGGUGGUGCAAAGAACG